UCAAGACUCAGCGGACACGUCUUCUGUCAGACUCAUAAAAUGGAUUCAGUCUAUGAAAAUACUUGCGUCAUAUUUUCAGCAGUUGCUUCAGAUGAAAACUGCUUUCAGUUUAAAGUUGCUUCAGAUGAAAACCGCUCUCAGAUUCAAGGUAACUCCACUGAAGAGCAGGAGAGAGAAGUCAUUUCUCCUAAGUGGACUAAAGUUCUUCUGACUCUUCUGGGUUUCUCUCUGGUUCUUGCUCUCGGAGGUCUCUGCACUUUCUGGAUACUUUAUAAUCAUAAGCUUGCUGAUUUCGAAUCACUGAAUGAGCAGCACAUCAUGGUUUCAAAGCAGCUGGUACCUCAAGAGAUCAACAGCACAGCCCUGAAGAAAGAGUUUAAUGAUCUUACAGCCAGAUACAACACACUCAGAGAAUGGCUGUCCUUUUAUGAUGCUCAGUCUUGUAAUCUCUCUGCGGAUGGCUGGAUAGCUUGUCGUGGAAAGCUGUAUUUAUUCAGCUCUAAUAAACUGAACUGGUGGAGCAGUCGAGAUGUCUGUGUUUCUAAAGGAGCCGAUCUGGUCACCAUAGCAAGCAAAUCAGAACAGGAUUUUCUGGUCUCUAAAGUUAAUGUGACGCACUGGAUUGGUCUCAAUGAUCUGGACACUGAAGGACACUGGGUUUGGGUGAACAACAAAACUCUCAAAGACACUGGAGUACAGUUCUGGUUCACAAAUCAACCAAAUAACAACAUAAAUAUUGAUCCAUCUGGAGAGGACUGUGGUACUCUGGGAAUUUUGACAAGGCACUUGGACUCUUGGUAUGAUGCUCCUUGUAAAGAACUUAGAAAUUUUAUCUGUAAAAAGGAAUAUUAAUUUCCCUCCAUCAGUGGUACUGUUUGUUAUUAAAGAGGUCUAUCAUGUAUAUUAUGCACAGAAAAAAGAUUUUGUCAGCAAAUUUCAGAUAUUUCAGUGUGACAAAAUAUUAUUGAUGAAACUGUGCUGUGGUCAACAGGGGGCAGCCUUGCAGUUCUGCGUAAAGUUUUUCUUGGAAUAACCAAGUGCUGUCUAUAUAGAGUCUAAAAAUAUGAAUAUAUGGACAGGAUUUGGUUUGUGUAUGUAUCAAAAAUAAUUUGGUGAAGUUUAAAGGGUUAGUUCACUCCAAAAUCAAAUUCUGUCAUCAUUUACUCACCCUCAUGUCGUUCCAAACCCGUAUCAAUUUCGUUCAUCUUCAGAACACAAAUAAAGAUAUUUAAAAGAAAUCUGAGAGCUUUCAUCUGACAGCUACAAGUUUAGUUUAGUCCAAAUCGACUCAAUCACUUUAUAUGAUGAAGAUUUAAUUUAGUUAAAUCAGUUUGUGUGUAAAUGUACAUUUUUGACCAAGCUUUUCCACUUCUGAUGUCAUUUCUGUAGAUCAUUAAACUGUUACAAUUCAGCUGCCUAAGUUUGUCUGAAAACAAUUUAACAAAAGGUGGGACGCUGUCACAAUCCUGGUUCUGUUUUGUAAGGACUUUUAUGUUGAAAUGUAUUCUCACGCUGCGUCUAUUUUCUCCUACUAAAGCCCAAAGUAUAGUUCAUUUUUUACGUGUACGCGAGGGUCAGCGUACAGUGAGUGUGAUGUGAAUUUUGUCAUCAGAUAAUAAAAGCGUACUGUACACAGA